AUGACCAAGUUGAAAACAAUCUUGCUCCUAGUUGUCUCUUUGUCAACACUUGGGUACAACCAACAAGUCGACGCCCAGGGAAAUACUGAGGUAGUACGAGUAUUCUCACAACGUCUUCCGUCUCCAGAAGACUCUGCAUGCCCUCCAGCAAAGCCAUGCGCUCCUGGAGUCAUUAUUCCUGUUUGGCAGCCAUCUGAAAACCUAUCCGAAUGUAAAAUAUGGUUCCGUGCAAUUGUCUACCUUAUCGCUCUGGCCUACUUGUUUUUUGGUGUCUCCAUUGUCGCGGAUCGUUUCAUGGCGUCUAUCGAAGUUAUCACUUCACAAACGAAGUCUGUCAAAAUGAAGAAAAUCACCGGAGAGCCGUUCACUGUCUUGGUACGAGUGUGGAACGAAACUGUCAGUAAUCUAACACUGAUGGCUCUUGGAUCGUCUGCUCCUGAGAUUUUGCUUUCCGUCAUUGAAAUCUGUGGAAAUAACUUUGAGGCCGGGGAGCUGGGACCGUCUACUAUUGUCGGUUCAGCUGCUUUCAAUCUUUUUGUUAUUAUUGCUGUUUGUAUCAUGGCGAUCCCAAAUGGAGAAAUCCGUCGUGUCCAGCAUAACGGUGUGUUCUGGGUUACUGUAGUCUGGUCGACAUUUGCCUACGUUUGGCUAUACUUGAUUCUUAGCGUCUUCAGUCCUGGAGAAGUAGAAGUAUGGGAAGGUGUUCUCACUUUCGUGUUCUUCCCGUUGACGGUGGCAUCUGCUUACUUUGCCGAUGCACAUGCUGGACAGUUUGGACAAAGACUAAUCUCCGGCCCUCUCUCCUCAUUUGUUCGCCGCUCUCCACGCCGUUCCCCAUCAAAGAAAACACAUGAGAAUGGACUGGAAUCUGGAAACGGAGGCUUGCCAGGAGAUCAAAAUCAAUCUCUUAUUAAUGGAGACGCUGAUGCAUUGGCAUUCGAAAUUCAUCGUCGUCAUUAUCUGGAUAUAUUCAAACAACUGAGAUCCGAGCAUCCGGAUGCACCAGUUGACGAACUUGAGAAGCACGCAAUGGAGAAAGUUGUUGGAGAACAGAAAAAAUCCCGUGCCUUCUACCGUAUCCAGACUACAAGAAAGAUGAUCGGAAGUGGAGAUAUUCAGAAAAAAAUGAAAAAGAAGAAGGGAUUACUAGAGCCAUUGGUUGUUAAACAGACCAUGGCUACUGUUGAAUUCGAUCCACCACAUUACACGUGUUUGGAGAAUGUUGGUGACGUGUAUCUAACGGUUAAGUGUGAUAGAGGAGCUGUUCCAGAAGAUACGACGGUUACUGUUCAUUAUAGAACAAUUGCCGACACUGCCCAAGAGAAUUCGGAUUUCACACCAACAGAGGGAACAAUCACGUUUGAGCCUGGAGAGACAGAACAGAAGAUCAAAGUGGGAAUUGUUGACAAUGACAUCUACGAAGACGACGAGCAGUUUAUGGUUCGUCUCUCUCAAGUACGUGCAUUCCGUUCCGAACACUUCUCUGCUGUCCCUUGCCGACUUGGCCCAGCAGCCACUGCUACAGUAAUCAUUGUCGAUGACGAUCAUGCCGGUUGCUUUGGAUUCGCGUCUGAGAAAUUCAAGUGUGUCGAAUCCUGCGGAUCGUUUGUGGCAGAAGUCAUCAGAAGUCGUGGUGCACGUGGUGAAGUUUCGAUUCCAUACAAGACGAUUGACGGGGCUGCAAAGUCACCACAAGACUAUUUACAUCAGGAGGGAGUCUUGAAGUUUGCAGAUGAGCAGUCCAAAGCCGAAAUCUACAUCCCAAUCACCAACGAUGAUGAAUAUGAGAAGCACGAGGAUUUCACUAUUGAACUUGGAGAACCAAUCUGGCAUAAGGAAAUCCAGGACGGUGAAGAAGGAAUCGAAGGAAAACCAAUUCUCGGAUUCUCCAGAUGCAAAGUAGUAAUCACAGAAGAUCGUGAUUUCAAGAACUUUGUCGACAAGGUAUUGGUUACUGCAAACACGUCAAUCAUGGUCGGAACAUCAAGUUGGAAGCAACAAUUCACUGAAGCGUUAACUUUGGAACCUGAAGAGGAGGGAGGAGAGAUUACAUUACAGGAGAAGAUUAUGCAUUAUGUGGCGCUUCCGUGGAAACUUCUAUUCGCCCUGAUCCCACCGACGGACUAUUUCAAUGGAUGGUGUUGCUUCGUAGUCGCUAUCAUUAUGAUUGGUGUUCUCACCGCAUUCAUCGGAGAUAUUGCUGCAGCGUUCGGAUGUACAGUUGGACUCAAAGACUCGGUGACUGCGUUGACAUUGGUCGCGAUGGGAACUUCCUUGCCAGACACAUUCGCCUCACGUACCUCGGCCGUUGGUGACCAAUGGGCAGAUGGAUCAAUUGGAAAUGUGACUGGAUCGAACGCGGUCAACGUGUUCCUUGGUAUCGGAAUCGCUUGGAUGAUUGCAGCAUGUGUACACGCUUACAGAGGAACACGAUUCUUAGUUUCAACCGGCUCAUUGGCCUUCUCCGUCACAAUGUUUCUCAUCGGAUCCGUCGUUUGUGUCGCCCUUCUCCAAUACCGGCGAUUCAAUCGAAAAAUUAAUGGAGAGUUGGGCGGUCCCAACGCGUGGCGUAUCAUCUCCGCUGGAAUUUUCGUCUCCGUUUGGCUACUUUAUAUUCUGUUAAGUACACUUGAGGCAUACUGUGUUAUUAAGGGAUUCUAA